AUGAUAGGAAGCCAGCUAGCCAGCCAAAGGUCUUCUCAAACCGCUGUCACUGGUGACAAUGGCAAAGAUGCUCCUUCCGUUUCAGACUUCAUUAUACGAACACCCACCAAAUCGCCGUCCAAAGCUCGUUCAUUGUCAGAUUCGACGCCGCAACUCUCCCCAUCUCCCAAGUUCCGCGAACCUGCGCGCUCUUCAAAAGAUGAUCACACCAUCAUUUCCAGUCCCAAAACUCCCAGGAGGCCAGAUUUUCUCUCUAGAGGCCUGUCCUUGCAAAUGCCCACGCGCGACUCAGGCAUGCACAGUCCAGCCAGCUUUGCCAACCGCGUACCGCUUUCACCUCAGCUCGACGCUAGAAACACUUACGCAUCACCCGCAUCAGUCCUGCCGCGUCGAUCACGAGGCGCUGAAUUCUCACGCGCUUGCACGAACUUACAUCACUCCACCCUGGCCGAACAAUCCUCGCCCGACUCUUCACCAACAAUUACCCAGAAAGGCAUGAUGAUACCAUCACGGAAUCGGCGCUCCAAUUCACUCGUGAUGGAUUCACCAAACAUGCACGCGAUUUCUAUUUGGAGCUCGACUGGCAAUGGCGACAGGACCGCAGCUUCCAGCUCUGUCGGAAGCAUUAACAUGCUGGGUUCAGAAUCUUCUAGCAGCGACUCCGACGACGACCCAAUGGACCCCGAUGACAACGACGAUCCUAUGCUCAUGACCCCGCACGUCCUCAAAUCGACUAACUCCGGUACACCUUUUGGAAGCAUAUCUGCACCGAGCCCUGGAAGCACCUGGACCUCGAACCUCUUUUCACCUGGCGGCGCACCGACAUUUCUGAGCAUACAACGGGCGAGGUUGCGAAAGGGGAGAAGUAGGAAGAGCUCUAGCAGCGCAAGCGGACACAGCUCGAUGGCAAGCCCGGGACCGGCUUCACCGCCGAACGGAAAGGCCUUCGAAGGCAACGGAUACUUUGCGAGGGAAGCCGUCAUUCGGAAUGCGGGGUCGCGACGGGAGAGCUUAUCUAUGUUCACCAACGACCUACACAUAUCGUCUGGGAAUGACAGUGGGGACGAGGGGGUUGGCCCUACAGCACCUUCUACCCCAGGUGUGGUACGACGAGCAGUCACGAGGAGAGGCAACCUACUACCAAAGACGAGGCAAUUCGGCCGUAUCCGAGCCGAACUCGGCGAAGAAAGCGCCCCCAUCGACAGCGAAGUCCGACGCGAAGCAGAAAUAAUCCGCCAGGUGCGCGAAAGCGAUGCAGAAUACGACCGCCUCCAUUCCACACCAUCUUCUCCAAAUCUCCUUCCCGCAGUCCCUGGCCUCGAUGGGCCCCUAGAAGGCGUCCCGGAAGAAGGCAGCGAGGGCGACAUGAAUCUGGACAACUCCUCCACAAUAGCCACCAAAGGCCUCUUCGGCGCUUUCAACGUCGGCCUCCCAACCAACUCCUCCAACCGCAAUUUCUGGAGCAACUUCGAGCCCCAGUCGCAAGCGCAAACCCCACCGCCACCCUUCUUCCCCCGCGCGAGCUCCUCUGCUGUCAGCGACGACAUCAACAUGGACUCGCCUUCCGUUUCAUCAGCAUCCACCUCUCUGCCAUCCACCAGCAUCGCCGGAGGCCAACAGUCCGGCAAAGACCGCUCCUCAACCCCGCAACCCCUCGUCCCCCCCACCGCCGCCGACGGCCUCAAGAAGUCGAACAAGCGCCGCCGCGACGACGAUCUAGAUAUGAACUCGAUCAAGCGCCGCGCCGUCUCGCCCAGCUUCAGCGUCCACAACUCCCCCAUCCUCUCCCAGAGCCCAAGCCAGCGCGACAGCAGCAUCUGGGGUACGGCGCAGAAGCCCAGCCGCGAGGGCUCGGUGACCGGCACCGGAACGGGAGCUGGAGCUGGUACUGGGCACGCGGCUGGGGAGCGGUCGAACAGCGGGGGCAGUUUGGCGAGCGCGACGCCGAAUCUCGGGCCGAAGCGGAUUGGGCUGCAGGGGAUGACGGAUACGAACGAUGGGUUGAUGAAGAUGAGUAUCGAGUAA